GAGGGAGAGAGAGAGAGAUGCUUAUCUCGUGACGCACUGAUCAGGUGCUCCUCUAAUACCACGAGGAGCUGUCCGCGGUGCUGAAACAGACUCUAAGCGCGAGGCAGAGAGAUGCUCAACUCAUUCACGAGCCUCGACACAAACUAAGAGCAGAAGACGUCACAAUGCCGUCACUCCCUCAUACCUCACCAACAGGCAUGCUGUUCCCCGUCUAUUUAGCCAGCCCCUUCUUGAUCUCUCUCUUCCUCACUUUCACUGGUGCUGACGGGGCCUCGAUCCGAGACCACAGGCUGCGGGGAACUGAGUCUGACUCACAGGACGGAGAUUUCCUCCGGGCACCUGACACAGAUAUGCUGAAAGCGUUGGAGUACAUUGAAAGACUCCACCAAAGAGCUCCUCUUGCUACAGAGCACGAUGUCAGCCAUACGGAUGAUGCUGAGAAGCUACUUGCCAUGCUGAGACUGGCUUCUAACCCGACACAGAGCCAAAAUGAGCAGGAAGAGCAGGCGGAUCAGGAAAGGGAGGAUAAGAGUGAUGAGUUGCUCCAAGCUGUGCUCAACACUCUUCAGCAAACGGAGAAGACUGCCAAGCCAGCUCUGCUCCAACAAGGCCCAAAGGGAAUGAGCAUGAGUUAUCCCAGAAUGCCACAGACGCAAAAAGGUAUGACACCCCACAAGAAGCUACCAUUGUUGUUUGAGGUUGAGGAAGGAGGUGAGGGAGGUGAGGAAGAGGAUGGAGAAGGUGCCAGACGUGAAAGUCCCUUUAAACGCACCAAAGAGAACAUAGAAGAGAAGUACACACCUCAGAACCUGGCCACGCUGCAGUCCGUGUUUGACGAGCUGGAUAAGCUGACAGGCACAAAGAUGCUGCAUAAGCGUCAGGAUGAAGACGAUGACAUGGGGGAAGAUGAAACAGAAGAAGAUGAAGAUAUCUUUAAUGUGAGGAAUGCAGCUUAUGAUGACGUAGACGGAGAUCUCACAAACUGGGGUCCAUCAGAUGAACAGGAUGAAGAGGAGGAAGAAGAGGAGAGGGACAGUAACCAUGAGGCUGAUCGAGGGCUUGAUUACACUGAUGACAAUGAUGAAGAAACUGAAGAGGAUGAUGAAGAUGAAGUCGAUGACCGCUUUCCAAUUAAAAGAUCAAGUGAUGCAGAUGAUGUGGCCAACCUGGUGGACUAUUACCUCCUGAAAGUGCUUGAGAAAACAGAGGAAGAGGAGCAGAAACGAGAACUAGCUGAGGAAGAGGAGAGGACUGAGAGGAGGGUCCCUCAGAAUCAGUAUCAAGUUAAUUUUGACCCACGAGUCAUCUAUCAGCUCCUCACUGUCUCCCAAAAAUACCAGAUUCCACCCAAAGACCUGAUGGACUUGCUCAAAGCCAGAGACCAAAUGAAUCAAGGCAAGCUGAGAAAAAAUAAUGAAUUGUCACGAGCAGAGAGCAGGUUUUCUCAGAUCUCCUCAAAGAAGGCAACUCCUGCAGCUAACUUCUACAACAGACGCCCACCUUACAUGCGAAAGACCCCUGAAGAGCUGAGAACCGAGGAGAUCCUCAAAAUAUUGGGAAUGGGAGGUGAGGAGGAUCCAACUCCAGACAGGAAGCUGAGACAGCACAAAAACUCCCUGUCACAACCUCACACUCAGCCUACCGGGCGUUUGAGGGAAUCCGCUCCCACACAACGCCACCUUUCCAACACUUUCAGAGAUGACUACGAUGACACCGUGGACGAAGAUGAGCUGGCAGCUUAUUUAGCAGCUCAGAUGCUGGCACGGUAUCCCAAACCUGCUUUUAGCAAUAAUAAGGCCACCCAAAAAAGAGAGGAAGUUGGACAGAGUACGACAGGCUCCUUAGAAAAGGCAAUCGAGGAAUACUUUGACCUAAUGGACACAGAGAAAAGCCCAAAAGAAAAAAGACAGUCAGAGGACGCCGAGACGGGCGGAGAGACACAAACUCAAAGCAUGGAAAAUGAAGCUGUGAUGAAAGUGUUGAGUUACCUGAACCCAGAAACAGAAGAAAGUGAUGCCAAAAUUGCAAAAGGAAUAUGAACAGGGCGACCGAUACAGAUUCAUAUAUAGAUAUAUAUAAAUAUAUAUUGCUGAGGUGGUGGGGGAAAGGUGAAAAAAAGUAUUUUGAAGAAUAAAACACAUUCAAUUUACACUGCUCGGCAGGUUUAAGAAAAAUUCUUAUUUAUUAGUAAAAAUCAGUGUUCAAACUUUCAUUUGAUGUUUUGCUGAAUACAAACUUGUUGCUCGGCGAUACAUACAGUAAAUGUCUCACCAGCCUUAAAUGUUCCACACACACGCACACACACACACACACACACACACACAGACGGCCACAGCCAGUAUUUGAUUCCUUAGAUUCUUGUGUAUUUUUUUGUAAUUCUUUCUUAAUUGUGGUCAUAUGUGACAUUCCUGAGGUUAAUAAAGCAUUGACUUUAUUUUUUCCUUA